AUGAUGAAGGGAUCAAUUGUGUUCGUUUUUGGGCUUCUUGUUAUAUCUUCGAGUGUGAUGCUAUUGAUGCCCACGGUGGAAUCCGCUGUAACUUGCCAGGAUGCUGUGUCGCAAUUGUCAUCGUGUUCCACAUUCCUUAGAAAUCCGGAUAACUCUGCCUCCCCGAGUCUUCAAUGUUGCUUGGGAGCGAAAGCGUUAGAUAAGAUAGCAUCUGCUUCACAGAGUGAUCGAAAGAUUUUGUGUCAAUGUCUUAAGCAAACAGCUCAGGCCGACACUACAAUCAACUAUAACAAUGCUAAGAAGCUUCCAAAGACUUGCCAACUAGUCACCAAUAUCCCUAUCGACCCUCACGUCGACUGCAACAAGUAA